CAGGAGUAGGAUAUUGAUAAGGAGUCACAGAGAUAGCAGGAAUUGAUGACGAUGAGAGAAACUGAAACUUUGCAUUCCAUGUCACUCCGAAUACUUCAUGUUGGAGACACCGGUGCCAACAGGAGAAAUACUGCUGAACUUCAGUCUAAACUUUCAGCGCUUCAUAUUGGGACUGCAGAGAGUCGAAGUACAUGUGCUCCAGUAUUCACUUGCCGUCUUGGGGAAGGUCAUCAGCCCACCCCCAUGGUGUAACGAUGAGAAGGUUCCUGCCAGAAAUGAGCUCAGCCCUGUUGCUGCUGCUGCUAUCACUGCUGGCCGGCAAAUAUGUGUCUGCCAGCCCUGGACGCCUGCUGUCCCAGCUCCGGCCCCUCUCCCUGUCUCAGAGGCUGAACUCUCUCCUGACCGGACACUCCCGCGAGUAUCGACCUGUCAGAGACUGGAGGACGGUCACCGUGGUCUCCAUCGACUUCUCUGUGCAGGCAGUGCUGGAUGUGGAGGAGAAGCAUGAGAAGUUAAUAUUGUACCUUCUUUACAGACAGCGCUGGCAGGACGAGUACCUGCGCUGGGACCCAGAUCACUACCAGGGGGUGAAGAGGCUGUCCCUGCCUCUGGAGGAGCUCUGGAUACCGGACAUCACCGUUUAUGAGACGGUCGCGGAGGAUAACGCCCCCAGUGUCCGUGUGGUCUACGUGUCUCACUGUGGGAUGGUGGAGUACCGCAGGCCCAUGCAGCUCACCUCCAGCUGUCCUCUAGACCUGUUCCACUUCCCUCUGGACACACAGACCUGCAACCUCACCUUCGGAACCCUCGCAGCACACACCAAGCGUGAUGUCAAGGUGAGGCUGACUGACCAGUUUGAAGAGUUCUGGAGGAACUGGGACUUCUCUGCCUUGAAGGGGGAGUGGGAGCUACUCUCCAUCAGUGUGGCUGACUCUCAGCAGCCUCUCUACAACCACCACAGCUCUGCAGUUAGGGUGCAGGUUACAGUGAGGAGACGGCCUCUCUUCUACAUGGUAAACCUGAUCUUGCCCAGCGCUCUGCUCUUGCUGCUGGAUGUCCUGGGCUACCUCAUCCCUCCCUACUACAAGCAGCGGCUCAGCUACAAGUCCACCACCUUCACCGGCUACUUCAUCUUCAUCCUCAUGGUGUUCAGCCUGUUCCCCCCCUUCAGGGGCUCUCUGCCUCUCAUUGAGGUGUACCUGAUUGGCUCACUGGGGCUGCUCCUCUGUAGUGUCAUGGAAACAGUGAUGAUGUUCCAGCUGUCCAAUGGGAGGAGUGAGUGGGCGAGGAAAUAUCUCUUCCCCUUCCUGUCAAAGGUUCUGGGGAGAAUCGAGAGAGAUGAGACCAGAAACAAAGAUCUGCCAGAGGAGGGCACUGUGGCAAACAGCCUGGAUGGGAGUGAAGCGGAGAGUGCUGCCUGGAGGGAGAAGGGAGGAGAGGAGCUCAGAGCCCUGGGAGAGAUGAAGCGGGAGGUGGAAAGGAUGAGGAGAUGGCUGCACUCUCUGCGGCAGGAGCGGGAGUCUCAGUGUGUGCGCAGGGAGCUGGUGACGCUGCUGGACCUCCUGUAUCUCUUCUUGCACUGCCUCACCCUGCUGCUGGGCACAGUGCUGUUCUGCAUGCUCUGGAAUAUGAGGCUGUGACCUCUGGCUAGAGACAGAGACAGCCAGGGCAGGAGAGAGCAGGGCAGGACAGGGCAGGCAGGGAAAGGACAGGGCAGAGGGGGACUUUCUAGUCUGCCCUGGAAAACUGGAAUAGGGGGACAAUGCAGCAAAACUCUAACUUUUUGGAAACACCCCCCAGUGACUUGUUUAGGGUCAAAAUGUUUACUAUUUGUUUGCUUAAAAAAGAUAAGUUAUAAACAGAAAAAAAGAAAAGACAUAAUCCCAGCAUGCCUCCCUCCUCUUCUCUCUGUCUGAAUAAACUUAUACAGAUCAAUAA